UCUCUUUCUCCCUUACUAUCUGAGUGGUUGCUUUUAAGAGGUACGUAUAACCUGGGUUGCUUCUUCUUCUUUACUUUCUGUAAUCAACUGAAAGUGUAAAGGUUGGGAUUACAACAUAUAGAUUAAUUUGCUGGUGUUGCUUAAUCACACAAUAUUCAAAUUUAAUGUAGAGACUGGCAUAUAAUACCUGGUUAUUGCACCAAAUUAAAUUUGCAGGAGUCUGCACAAUAUAGGCCAACUUAUAAGAUAAGAUUGCUGUUGGCAUGAAGUCUAAGUAAAUCAAAGUUAAAUUUUGUGAGGAAUGCCAGUAUUCAAAGAUGUUUAUGUCUACAGGAAAGCAAAUAGCUCGCUUAGUGACUUUAUGUUUCACAGUGUUUCUGCAACUUAAAUAAUUUGCCAGCUUGCAAACAUCCAGAUCUAGUAUUACCUUUUAUAAUGUUAGAAAAGUAGCUUACUGCUGUAUGACACAUGCUAAUAGAUUGACUAGCUCUGUCUUUCUUGUACUUAUGUGUGUUCUGAUCCCUGUUUAAUAUUUAAUAUUUAUAUUUUUGUAUAUGUGUACAUUUCAGAAUGACAAAGCCAAAAUUCAGGCCUUGUCCUAUCUGCCAGGUUCUUCAGCAGGCCAACCGCAAAACCUGCAGUGCUUGUUUUGCAAAACUACCAAGCAAGCGGUUAUUAAAAACUGCAAAAAUUAAUGAUGACUGGGGCCAGAAGGUCAUCAAAAACAAAAAUGCAUGUAGGGUGGUGGCCUCUGCCCAAAUAGCUGUCCAAAAACUUUUUGCCUUGGGCUAUAUGCCCAUAUUAUUUAUCAGCCAGAGGCACAAGGGCACAGGCAAGUUGAUGGCAGAUGUAAUCACGCAUCUGCCACCAACGCAAAACAACACACGCUUUUUAACAAGCAUGAAGAAGGCAUAUGACUUCCUGAUCAAAAUGAAUUAUGUGCCUCAGCCCCAGCAAGACCAGCCCCUCCAGCAAGACCAGCCCCUCCAGCAAGACCAGCCCCAGCAAGACCAGCCCCAGCAAGACCAGUCCCAGCAAGACCAGCCCCUCCAGCAAGACCAGCCCCUCCAGCAAGACCAGCCCCAGCAAGACCAGCCCCUCCAGCAAGACCAGCCCCUCCAGCAAGACCAGCCCCAGCAAGACCAGUCCCAGCAAGACCAGUCCCAGCAAGACCAGCUCAUACUCCUAG